CAUAUAUGUUACACAAUCCUUCUUCGACUGCCCAAAAUUAAUAAGAAAAAAUCUCGAUUAUAUUGUUCUCUUCAAUGGUAGUGGCACAUAUGAUGAACUAGCUAAUAUUGCUAGGCGGUACACAAAAAAUUGGCGUAAUGCCGUUGAUAUGCUUGAUAACAAUUUACAGGGUCGGGAAUUUAUUGUUAUCGAUUUAACUAGAGCUAAAGAAGACGCUCUUUAUCUUCGCAAAGGAUGGGAUACCCCAUUGAAAUUAGAUGAAUAG